AUGGCCGUCUCCUCUUCUCUCUCCUCUUCUCACUUCUACUACGCCCCCGCUGCCGCCUACCGCAGCGCUCACCGGCGGAACUCGUGCGGCCUGUGGAGGAAGUGCCGCAUGGUGGCGAAGCAGCAGAAGACCAGGUUCUACAUCCUCGGCCGCUGCAUCUCCAUGCUCCUCUGCUGGCACGACCACACCGUCUCCGAUUGA